UCAGCCGUGAUUGCUUUCUGCAGGCUUGAGACGCGUUUAUAGAUUGAAAUUGUGUUUAUUUGCAGUCCGUCUACGAAUUUUAACUUUUCAUUGAAUCCUUUACCUUUAUUAUGUCUCUUAAAACAUACGGCGAUAAGCCGGUGAGUUUCCAAAUCGAAGAAAAUGGAGAAUAUUUCUGUAUCGGUUCGGAGGUGGGAAACUAUCUUCGACUGUUUCGUGGUUUACUAUACAAAAAGUACCCGGGUAUGCUAAGACGUACAUUGAGUCCGGAUGAACGAAAAAAGUUGCUUGAUUCUGGAAUUAGUAAUCAAUUCCUGGCCAGUUCGGUUUCGCUACUACGAGCUAGUGAAGUUCAGGAUAUUCUCGAAGGUAACGAUGAAAAAUACAAAGCCGUGUCGGUCACCACGUCCGAGCCACCAGCUCCACGGGAAAGUAAGUCCAGCAAAAAGCAACCCCCAUGGGUUCCAACUAUGCCAAAUUCCAGCCAUCUGGACGCGGUUCCGCAGGCAACUCCCAUUAAUCGAAACCGGGUGCACAAUAAGAAGAUUAGAACUUUUCCGAUGUGUUUUGACGACACGGAUCCAACGUUGAACAUUGAAAAUGCUUCGCAGACAGAAAUCCUGGUUCCGGUUAGGUUGGAUAUGGAAAUCGAAGGUCAAAAGUUGCGUGAUACUUUUACUUGGAACAGAAACGAAUCAAUGAUUACUCCGGAACAGUUUGCAGAGGUGUUGUGUGACGAUUUGGACUUGAAUCCGACACCAUUUGUACCGGCUAUAGCCGCUGCAAUUCGUCAACAGAUCGAAGCUUAUCCCAGCGAACCUGUGGUUUUGGAAGAAGGCUCCGACCAACGGGUUCUGGUUAAGCUUAAUAUUCACGUGGGAAACACAUCGCUGGUUGAUCAAGUCGAGUGGGAUAUGGCCGAGAAAGAAAACAACCCGGAAGAUUUUGCAGUAAAGCUGUGCGCUGAGUUAGGGUUGGGUGGAGAGUUUGUAACCGCCAUUUCUUACUCGAUUCGGGGUCAAUUGUCCUGGCAUCAGCGUACCUACGCGUACAGUGAGGCUCCGCUGGCGACGGUCGAAGUGCCCUUCAGGGCACCAAGCGAUGCAGACCAAUGGGCGCCCUUCCUAGAGACGCUGACCGAUGCUGAAAUGGAGAAAAAGAUCCGCGAUCAGGACCGCAACACCCGACGAAUGCGUCGGCUGGCUAACACCUACACGUAAGCCGUUCAUUGCGGCAGAAAUCAUGAAAUAUUUUUAAUAUCUAACAAUUUUCGUGCUAGAUUAUAAGUCUAUGAACAGCAAUUAUUGUCUGUUCAAUUAUUUCGAAAUAAAUAUG